AUGGGGAAAAUUUUAGGAAAUGGUUUGGUGUUUGUCAUGAUGAUGUUGUUGGUGGUAGUGCAGAUGGGCAAUGGCCGAAAGCUUGUAAAAGAAAUGCCUGGUGGUGGAUUCGGUGUUGCAGUUAGCUUUACUAGAGUUGGUGAUGAACUUGACGGACUAGAUCAGUCCAGUUCAGCAAAUGGUAUUGGUGCUGCUUCUGGUUCUGGCCAAGGUGGAGGUGGAGGUGGAGGUGGAGCUGAAGCUGAAGGAGGUGGUUAUAAAGGUGGAUGGGGAAAAGCCAAAGCAUAUGGAUUUGGUUCCGGUAACGGUAAUGGUAUGGGUAGUGGUAUUGGUAAAGGUGUUGGCAAAGGUGGUAAGGAUCACAGAUGUUAUAAGGGUAGAAAUUGUGAUAAGGGUUACGAAUGUGAUAAGGGUCAUGGUUGCAAUUGA